ACUGGCGGAGUAUAAACACGAAGUGAACGGUGCUGGUUAGAGACACCACAACAGCUGUGUUGGGAUCAGCUGUGCUUACUGUUACACGACAGGACGAUGGUUCAGAUACUCAUACGGGGCAGUGUGGAUGGCAGCAGUCCUCCUGAAUGGCUGAUGGUGGAGCUGCAGGGAGAAGUGGUCUCCAGACACAACUCUGGUCUGGCAGCCAACGUAAUGGGAGACCUGCUGUACACCGAAGAGGGGACGCCAGUGCUUAUUAUAGGACAUCAUAUUCUCUAUGGCAAGCAGCUCAAACUGGAGAAACCCUUCGCCGUCCUCACCAAGCAUUCCAGCCAGUUGCAGGAUAGCCUGGGCAGCCAUGACCACGACGAUGGCAGCGAGGAUGUCACACAGGGAGCUAUGGAAACAAACAAGCAAGGACCCGCCUCCACCUCCUACACCGUGUCUGCCCUCAUCAAACAGAAGCUGAUCUUUAAGACGCGCCCCAAACCCAUCAUCACUAACGUACCCAAGAAGGUGUAGCGAUACGCCGUUUCAUCACCGGGUCGGACGAACUGAUCCAUCCCACCUGCUGGACACUACCGGAAGUGUACUUCAGCUAGUGUUAUCUCUGACAUGCAGUUGGUCAAUACAACACCUCUUAUUGAUCAUUACUGCCAAACUCUGGCCUGAACCGAUUCCUAGAGAGACUUUAAUGAGGCUAUGAAUGAAUGUUGUACUGUUCUCCUGAGAUCUGUAGAAAAAGUUAAAUCAUCAGAGUCUAAAUGCAAAUGGACGAAUGGCGUUGUGGAGGGAAUACUGACGUUUUCGGCAAAAACAAAAGAAAAAAUAAAGAAUAUUUGAAAUCAG